GACACGCGUCUGCAGGAAGAGCUGUUCCAGUUGGUCGACGUGCUGCUGGGGAAAGACGAGAACGUGAUGCUGAUAUCCCUGAGCCAACUGCGACUGCUGAUGCAGACCUCGACCACUUCGAUGACCUCCGUGCCAAAACCCCUGAAAUACCUGAAGAGCCUUUACAAAGACAUGAAGCACGCUCAGACGAAGAUCCAGAGGAAGGACGUGAGACGUCAGUUCGCGGAAGUGUUGAGCGUGUUAUCGAUGGCUGGAGCAGCACCUGGGUCCAAGGAAUGCCUCCGAUACUGCAUGGAGGGUGAGGUGACGAACCCUGGUGAAUGGGGUCACGAGUACGUGCGACAGCUCGAGGCUGAGAUCGUGGACGAGUGGACGAAUGCUCCUGUAAAAGACGAGGAUCGUAUAAGAACAGAGUUCACUCCUCUGGUGAAAGGUAUCAUACAGUUCGACAUGAAGCACAACGCCGAGAUACCUGGCUGCGACCUAUGCUUGGAGAUCGAUCAGCUGAAUUUCCUGAACGAUUCCUUGGACAACACGAACUUCGAUCGAGUCUGCAGGUAUCUGGAGAGCUGUGCAGCCUACAGCGAGGAUACUGAGAGAAGACGGAUAUUAGAAACCGUGGUGGAUUAUUACUUGCGAUUCAAGGAAUACUGCAAGGCAAUGCUAGUAGCUCUGCAAUUAGGUGACUCUGAUCUCGUGCACGAGUGCAUCACCACCUGUCCUGACACCCUGAUGCGAAAACAAUUGGCAUUUAUACUCGUGAGGCAGAAGGAGACCAUGUUAAAGAAAAUUUACCAAGGAGACGACGCGAAGGAUAUCGAAGACAUCCUGAGCAACUCUCACGUGAACAACCAUUUCCAUCUACUCGCCAGAGAGCUGGAUAUUAUGGAACCCAAGCACCCAGACGACAUUUACAAGACCUGGCUAGAGAGCAACACCCUGAGACGCACGGAUCACGACUCGGCCAGAGCCAACCUAGCAGCUACCUUCGUCUCUGGAUUCGUUCACGCAGGAUUUGGACAGGACAAGCUGAUGGAGAACACUUCCGAAUGCUGGGUUUACAAAAACAAGGACCACGGAAUGCUCUCGGCUACCGCUUCCUUGGGUCUGAUACACAUGUGGGACGUAGACGGUGGUCUGGUACCGAUCGACAAGUACCUUUACACCAACGAUUACAACAUCAAGGCAGGUGCCUUGCUCGCUAUAGGCUUGGUCAACUGCGGCGUUCGCAACGAAUGUGAUCCAGCACUGGCACUGCUCAGCGAUUACGUGUGCUCUGAGAACGCCAUGCUGAGAAUCGGCGCUGUGCUAGGAUUAGGCCUGGCCUACGCUGGCUCGCAGAGAUCCGACGUCACGGAUCUUCUGACGGCAGUUUUGGUGGAUAAAGAAAGUAACAUGGAGGUCGUGGCUCUCGGAGCAAUCGCGAUAGGCUUGAUAAACGUUGGCUCUGCGGACGCUGAAGCUUCAUCGGUUCUCCUGCAGAGGUUUUUGGAAUUCACUCCUGAAAAACUGUCUGACACCCACUCCAGAUUUGUGCCAUUGGCUCUGGGGAUGGUCUACAUGGGCUGUCGUGACGUGAUAGACACCCCGUCGGCCGCAUUGGAGGUCCUACCUGACCCUUACAAGCUUGCUGCACAGACCAUGCUGCAGGUGUGCGCGUACGCUGGGACAGGGGACGUGCUGAUCGUUCAGGAACUGCUACGAAUUUGUUCAGAACCUGUGGACGGCGAGAGCGUUCCAGUCACGCCGGCUAGUAGCCCCGUGAUUAGCUGCUGCGAUCAACGUCCUCGAAGCAUAGAGACAGCUGAGAAAAAGAACAAGGAGAAAUCGGAAGAAAAAACUGGAGGAUCAAAGGAAAUCGAAUCGUCCCAGGCCAUCGCUACUUUGGGAGUCGCUGCAGUUGGGCUGGGCGAAGGAAAGGAGAACUCGAGGAUCUUUGGUCAGAUCGGAAGGUACGGUCCCCUAACUGCCAGACGUGCCAUGCCACUGGCUCUGGGUCUCUCCUCCCUGUCAAACCCUGACCUCCCAGUCCUGGACGUCCUCAACAAAUACAGCCACGACAACGACUCUGACGUGGCCAACAACGCCAUCUUUGCUCUCGGUCUCGUCGGUGCUGGCACAAACAACGCUCGUCUUGCAACCAUGCUGAGGCAAUUAGCCUGCUACUACGCGAAGAAUCCCACGCACCUGUUCCUAGUUAGGAUUGCUCAGGGCUUGGUCCACCUUGGCAAAGGCACGCUAUCCAUCUCUCCGUUGAGAUACGCCUCCAAGGUGUUGGACAGAGCUGCUUUGGCUGGUCUCUUGGUAGUCCUGGUGGCGUUUCUGGACUCUCAGAGCCUGAUCCUCGCAAAGUCUCAUUACCUGAUGUACUGUCUGGCACUCGCAAUGGAACCCAGGUGGCUGGUCACGUUGGAUGAGAAUUUGCAGAGUUUACCGGUGUCCGUGCGGGUUGGCCAAGCUGUGAACAUCGUGGGCAAGGCUGGCAAUCCUAAAUCUAUCUCUGGUGGGUACGUGCACACGACUCCGACGUUGCUCUCAUCCGGGGAAAGGGCAGAGCUUGCUCUAGACGAGUACGAAGCGUUGUCCAGCGUGUUAGAGGGGUUCGUUAUUCUUCGAGAAAAGCUGAACGUUUCCUAG